AUGUCGAAUAAUACUAUGCAUGGGCUCUGCCCCAAACCUUUCCUUCAAGAAUCUCUAUUCCCAUCGUCCGGUGGAUUUAUCGAGGGACGAUACUGUAAAGAGAUUCCCGGCAAAGACGACGGCCAGGUCUCUUGCUGCCUACCAUGUCCGUUGGCAUCGUGGACAUACGGCGAUGAAUUGAUGUCUAAGACAAGGGCGGCCAGCUGGCUCAGUGUCGCUGUCUUGCCUCUCUGCAUCUUCCUUCUGGUCUCGUACGCGGUCCUUCCGGUGAAAUGGACGCAUCGCCACUACCUGAGCAUCUGCUUUACAUUGGGAAUCUGUUUUAUGGAGAUCCCGUUCAUCAUCCCUCUCGGCACGAACCCCGAGCAAUGCUACAAUCAGAUCACUCCGAAGGAUAUGCACGACGAUCUGUCAUGCGCCUUUACCGGCGCCAUGCUCCUCUUCGGCGGCUGGGUCGUCGUCGUGUGGAGUUUCAUCCGGACCGUCGCCUUCCAUCUCCAGGUGUGCUGGGAGAUUGUCAUCGGGAAGAAAUUCAUGUGGGGCGCAUUCAUCUGUGGCUUCGGUAUCCCAAUCAUCGGAACGACGGUCAUGCUGAUCCUGACGGGCGUCUCCUUCCGGUUUGGCAGCAUGUGCCACAUCAACAUCAAACACAGUCUACAGGAUUACUGGGCCCCGGUCAUGGCCUUUGCCGCCGCCGCUUCGGUUCUGCAGCUUGCCACGAUGGGCUACUGCAUCCAUGUCUACGUCCGGUCCGUCUUCGACAACGCCACCACCACGAAUAGCUCCGAUCUUCCGUCUUACACGUCGAGCGUGCGCACCGUGACGGCCCGACAAGCAUACCGCCGUAUCCGACGCGUCCUCCAAUUGCAAUGGCGAGGCGUGGCACUGGUUCUGAUCAUCAUCGGCAACGUUAUCUUCUUCGCCGUCGUCUUCAUCGACAUGGACAAGCAGCUCGCCGUGACGCCGGAGAACAUGAAAAAGGCCAUGCCAUGGCUCGUGUGUCUGGUCUCGUCGGAAGGGGACAAGCAGAAAUGCACCAAGGAGAUCGAAGAGGUCGGACCCAACCAAGCCACGCUGCUCGCCGUUCUCAUCCUCCUAUCGCUCGUCGGCCUGUGGAACUUCGUUCUCUUUGCGCGCCCCUCGAUCUUCCACGGCUGGGUCGACCUCUUCCGCAGCACGUUCGGCAAACGCGAGGAAUACGUCUCGGCCGACGCGCGCAGCCUCCUGCCCGAUUCGCGCACCUACGAAAUGCUCGGCAACGCGACGAUAUCGCCGCUGAAGACCCCCGAACCGGUGGUCCGGUCGCCGUCGCCAGAACGGAUCACGAGUCCGGACCCGGGCGACGGGUCCUACGGCCGAGACGCACGCUACGUCCAGCCGUCGAUGAGCUUCUCGUCGCCUCGGCCGCCGGGUCCCACGUACGCAGGCGGUCGAGAGUGGGUGCCCGAGGCGACGUUUGCGCCGGGGAAUCACCAAUACAGCACUUCACAGUGA